AUGUCUUCAUGCAGCCUCAAAGGACAUCACCACAAGUCAAGCAAGGACAAGCAGCCAGCACCUCUUCUCCCCACCAACCAACAACCGACAAAGUCCUCCACCAUCCCAUCAGGAACAGCAGCGACGUUCCCAAGGCAACUGCACUACGAACAACAGCAACCACCACAACAGCAACCACAACAGCAGCAACAGCAGCAACAACAGCAGCACUCAGUUCACAUCAUCAGCCACGAGAGUGAUGAUGUGGCGGCGGUACGUGCUGCCGUCUUGCGUCACAUUCUACCGCAGUCACGCGGCGUGGUACCGGAGCGAUGGGAUGACAAGGUGCAGUAUAUUUUGGAGCACCUGCGCACGUCCAACGGCACGUUUGACGACGUCGACUACAACGACUACGAUGGCCGGAGCUGGUGGAAGACAUCCAUCCACCUGCAGCGGUGCCUGAUCUUGGGCAUCUCCUACCACACACCAUACAGUGCGCACCAGGGCAACGCGACUGUCUACGGCGCCUUGGUCAAGGCGUUUACGGCAUGGCUCAAGGCUGACUUCAAGAACAGCAACUGGUGGUGGAUGGACAUUGGCGUUCCACGCAUCGUGGGCAAGGUGCUCUUGCUCCUGUCGCCGGCCGAUGCCACCGCGCUCUACCCGCUCGCCACGCCACUGCUUGACCGCGGGCCCCUGUCGCGCGCGUACGGCAUGACCGGUUGCAACCGCGUGUGGAUUGCGUCUGUCAACGUCCUUCGCGCGCUCACGGAAGGCAACGCGACGCGGCUGGCAGCGGCAUAUGAGGCGGCGUCAUCUGCCAUCGUCGUGGCGCCGUCGCAGCAGAGCGAUGGCAUCCAGCGCGACAACAGCUUCCACCAGCACGGCCCGCAGUUGUAUCUGGGGUGGGGCUAUGGCUCCAUCCUCAGCGCCAACGCCCUGUUGCUCACCAGCUACGCGGAGGGCACGCGGUUUGCGGUGGCCAACAGCACGUGGGGUGUGCUGGCAUCGCUGGUGCUGGAUGGGCAGCGGCUGGUGGUGCGCGGCCCCAACGUCGACUACACGACGAGCGGGCGGCUCAUGACGUACUUUGCGCUCAACGACACGUUUGGCGUGAACGAGGGUCACUACCACUACUUUGCCGCGUUCACAGACUUUCGCUUGAGUUUCCCCACAUUUUCGUCACCGCUUCGCACGCCGCUCUCUGUCGUGUUUGCGCCGCUGCUCUCAGAGGUCAACGACACGCGUCCGCGUGCAGCCGAGUUUCACGCCUUUGCACACGACAUCUACACCAGCGAUGAUAAGUUUGAUGGUGCUGGUGGUGGUGGUGGUGAUUGUUGUUGUGGUGGUGAUGGUGUGGGCGCCAAGUCGACAGCAGCAGCAACAUCACCAACGUCACAGCUGAGCCUGAGCUGGCAUUUUUACGACAGCGACUACGUGGUCCAUCACCGGCCGACGUUCUUUGCAUCCGUGCGCAUGUUUUCAAACCGAACCAUCAACACGGAAUGCGUCAACUCCGAGAACCUCCGUGGCCGUGAUCUCGCAGACGCCGUUUUAAAUGUGUACGUGACGGGGCGGGAGUAUGAAAACGUGUUUCCCGUGUGGCAGUGGCACCGCAUUCCCGGCACAACCGAGCACCAGACAGGCACACCCUACUCCUGCAGCGAUGCGCGCAGCGUCCAACACACCUCCUUUGUUGGGGGUGUUACCGAUCGCACGUUUAGUGUGGCCGCCAUCAACUUCACGCGUGGGCACGCCGUGACGAUGCAUGUUUCCAAAAUGCAUGUUUUCGUUGACGGCGCUGUGAUUGUGCUGCUGGGAGGACUGACGUCGGAUGCGCCCUACCCCAUCACCACGUCUCUCGACCAGUCCAACCUGCGUUCCGACGUGGUUGUGGGCGAACUUGAUGAUGAUGGUGGCGGUGGUCGUGGGAAUGUUGGUGGGAAUGUUGGUGAUGGUGGUGGUGCCACGAAGGGGUCACAUCUACGCCAGCAACAACAUCGACAACACACGUUGCCUGCAGGCACGAACACGACGCUGCAAGGACCCACGUGGCUGUGGCAUGGCAACAUCGGAUACCUUCUCUCCCUCCCAGAACAGCAUCAGAAACAGCAGCAACAGCAGAAACAGAAACAACAACAGCAGCACAAACAGCAGCAACAACAGAUACAACAGCACGUGCCAGCACUGCGAGCAUCACCACCAUCUCCGUCGUCGUCGCUUGAGGUAGUGGUGUCGACAAAGAACCAGACGGGCAGCUGGGCGAACAUUACACAAGGACCGCCAACACCGUUGACACGUGCCGUGUUCAACGCUUUUAUCAACCACGGCGUUGUUGCUGGGCAGAACGCAACGUCCAUGUCGUACGCAAUCCUACCCGCUGUGACGUCAGCGUCGGACAUGUGGCACAGGCGCAUCAGCAACAUGGACGUGCACAUGAACACACACGACAAUUCCCGUUGCGUUGCGCUUGGACAUUGA